AUGGUACCGUUGGCAGCUGCUAUUGUAACCGGAGUAUGUGGUUUGAUAAUCACUUCCAAGAACCCACAAUUCUUCACAGCUUCCGUUGUCAAUGUAUGCAGUCUGCUACGGUACAGUACCGUAACACUGGUACAUUAUUUAAGCUAUUUUCUGUUUCUUUCGAAUCGGACCAAGGUCUAUGCAUUACUGAAAGGAGUUAUUCGCUUCGAUCGUGAUUAUUUGAGUAUUCCCAACGCCGGGCAUAAUAUAGAGAAAGUCAUGUUUAUAGUGAUACUCGCGUUGUACAAUUUUAGAAUAUAUGAUGCAGUAAUUUUUUUUGGCUCAAUGUUGAUCGAGUUUUACUUCUACAUCCAAAACUUAUUUGUAUUACUAUUCGUCGAGCUUAUCAUGGUCCGAUAUCGAAUGCUUCAUAGAACAACACUAAAAACCCGGAACAGAAAUGUACUACUGACUCUACUGAAGCUACAUGAUCACUUGGGAGUCAUGAAAGAGCUAAUCACCAAGGCUUUUGGUGCUUUCUGCAUGAUUACAUCCGUAGUCGUGUUUGUUCAGAGUGCAAUUAUUGCGUACUGCUUACUUUGGAUGUGGCAACAGAAAAUAUCCACCGGGUUAAUUCUAAUGGCUUCAAUUAACUUACCUUUCAAUGUUAUUUUUUUCUUUGGAUGGACCUACUCGUUUGAUUUGCUUGAGCAUGAGGAACAAGAGUUUAAAAAUGCCAUAAAAUCCUUACAAUAUAGAUCAACAGAAGACCAACCGGCAUCAUUUUCGGAAUUUCUCGAUAUCAUCGAUCUGAAGCUACUUACGGAAUCUCCCAAAAUAACCGCAUGUGGAUUAUUUUCGAUUAAUUUGACAGUGUUUUGUAAUGUUUUCACGGCCAUUGUUACUUACAUUAUGAUACUGUUUCAGUUCAAAGAUCUUGAAAAAUGAGUUGAACUGUAUCGUCAAUAAAAAUAAUUGUGUUAUUAUUGAAUAAUGCACUAUCCAUAGUAAUUGUGCACGUAGUCGUAAUAAUUCCAACCAGGAUGCAGCUUUUGCCACUCUUCACGAUAUUUUCUUCUCCGU